AUGCAGAAAUCCGUAUCUUUUUCCUGUCCAGGAUGCGAGAGAGGAGGGUUCCGGAGCUUGAUGGAGGCUCAGGAGCACUUUGAGAAGCAAUCGCACUCUGUGCGGUGUACCGUCUGCCAAAAGGCAUUCGGCAGCGGCAUGGCAGUCAUACAGCAUUAUCAAAAGCACGUCAAAGCUCGGGAAGCUCCAAUCAAUACGAAAAAGCCCAUUCAGAAGAGAAAAGCUUUUAACCAGCAUUCAGCAGGUCCGGCAAUAGCGUCGCCAUCACCCCCUGGAAAUGGCCAGAUGUACUUUCAAGAAACUCUCCUGACAGCUGUCGGAAAUACAAUGCAUUUUCGAGAGGAGCGUGAUCCGAUCAACUUGCCUUUUUCGUUGCCUUGGAUCAUAUCGGAUGGAACUGCUGCUAAUGGAAACUCUUGGCUAGGAAUCAAUUUCGACACAAACACCCACCCCGUCGUCCUGCAUCCUCUUGAACAGUGUCUAAUUCUGAGGUAUCUGCGUUCCAAGUGCCAUUCAGAGAGCCGCCUCCGGAGGGAAGGAUACAUCCUAGGGCCAAUCACAGUAAGGAAUAAACACUUCCCACGGAAGGGGUCCAUUCCCACUUAUCAAUUUCGCGAAACGCCGUCUGCGGAACAGCCUGGACUCAAGAGACAUGCCAUCGCACUCGAUUGUGAGAUGAUCGGUGUCAAAGGCAAUCGUCAAACCCUCGCGUUCAUAAGUGCCAUUGACUUUUUGACUGGCGAUGUUCUCAUUGAUCGCUACGUAGCACCAUCCGAGGAGGUCAUUGACUGGAGAUCAAAAAUUACCGGAAUAACCCAAGAUGUUAUGACAAGCGCCACGAUAUCUGGCGCUGCAUUCAGGGACUGGCGAGAAGCGCGCGAGAAUUUAUGGAAAUUUGCCGAUACAUCCACUGUUUUCGUCGGCCAAUCCCUCAAUUAUGACCUUGAAGUUCUGGGAAUCUGUCACAACAAAGUCGUUGACUCCGCCAUUUUGACUGCGGAGGCUGUAUUCCCAUCCACUGGCAUCACGGAGAGUCUACCUCGCGCAUGGAGCUUGAAGGCCGUGGCCAAAACUCUGUUGGAUUUGGAGAUUCAGAGCGGAGAUCGUGCGCACAGUGCUUUGGAAGACGCAUAUGCGGUACGCGACGUGAUCAUAUUCUGCAUCAGAAACCCGGAACAGUUAAAGUCAUGGGCAGAGCUUCGACAGAAAGAAGAGGGACAAAAGGGCAAAAAGAGCCGGCACAAGAACAAGCCCAAACGAAAUCCGACCACGUCGCAAUCUACUCGAGAUAUCCAGCUUAGUACUCAGGUGUUAAAUAAUGAGUUUGAAUACGAUACCCAUGACGAUAAUGAUUUUUGCAUGUCUGAGUAUGCUAGGGAUGCUGGCUGGCCAGACGGGUGGGAUCCUUGGUCUGAUUGA